AUUUUCGAAAUUCGCGAGAUUACAAGUAGAAGAAGAUAAUAAAAAAAAAAAACCAGACUGUAGAUAAAAAAGCUUCAAGGUCGGCUAUGGCGGCGACGUCGUUGGUGCUAACGUGCGGAUCUCCUUUGUUCAGCCCUCGGCUUGUUUCUGAAGUGAAGACGCUGCUGAGUAGAGAGUCCUCGAUUUCGUUCUCCAAAAUUAGUUUGCUUCGUCUAAAUUCUCCUGGCGAUAAAUUCAUAAGAAGAUGCUCGAAGGAAAAAGAUGAAGUGCUUCUAGAAGGAAUGCCACCGGAGUAUUACGAUGAUGAAUGGCAAGCUCGACAGAGAGAGAAGACGAAAGAAUUGAGGCGGAUGCAGCGGGAGGAAGAAGAAGAAGAGGAGAGAAAGAUUGAAGAGUACCGUGAAAUUGGCAUGAGGUUGAAAGAAUUUCCUGAGGAAGACUUAAGGAAAGCCAGAAAGCUCGUCUCCAGCUUCAUCAGAGCUGCCGAGGAAGUCGAAGAGAGAAUUGAAGAAGCAGCCGAGAAAGGAGAACUUGACGAGCUUGUCCUCAUGAUUAUAUGGAACCGCCUUGACCUUGCUCGCCGCGAUGAUGAGAAGGACGCCGGACGAAGUCUUGAUCUUUUGUAUAGAAGAGUCGAGACAGAGAUCUUAAAACGGCAAGCAAGUCCUGCGAUGAAACUGCUGAAUGAUCUUCUAAACAUGCAUGAUGGUUUUGAAGACGAUGCUUGGCUCAAGGACUGCAGAAAACGAAUGGCUGAGACCUUCCCACGAGAAGACCCCUUCAGCAUUCUAAUGCCACCCGGAUUCGACAUUGAUAUGCAUCAAGGACCGUUGCGACCGCCCAUUGAGACUGAGACGGACAACACCCUUUUGAGAGUAGACUUUGUAAGAGAAGUGGAUGCAUUGCUACGGGAAGUGAGAGUAGAGGAAGAUGCCGAUACUGGUAAGAAAGGAGAAGGGCUUGAUCCUGAAGCUAUAGCACUUAAAUUUAAGCAGCAGGAGAAGCAGCGAACCAUCCGUCAAGUUGAAGCCAUUCUUGAUUUGGCCCUCAACUUGAGGUGGUAGGUACUAGGUAGGUAACACCGUAACAGGUUGAUGGACUCUAGAAAGACAGGUAGGUGUUUUUUUGUUUAGAAAUAUAAAUGAAUCAAAGUCAAUAUCAGGUUUUGUGGGAAAUACGAUAUUUCCUCUAGAAUUCUCAAUAAUCAAAACUCCACCACGGCCGGCCACCAUCACUUUUCCGCUU